UUGGAAACAUCCAAUUGUGCAGAUCGUCUCCAGCAAGACACUGACGUCUUCUCAUACUUUGAGACUUCAAACUCCAACAUGAUCGUGCUCCUCUUGUUGUUCGGCCUGGCUCUGGGUGCUGUGGUUCCUCCAAAUGAGCAGAGAGUGGCGCUACAGCGAGGCAGCUGUCCCAUGUUCUGGUAUAGCUUCAACGGCCGCUGCUACAAGUACCUCGCCUCGCCCAUGUCCUGGGCCGAUGCACAGCUCCACUGUAUGUCACUCAGAGCCAACCUGGUGUCUAUCCACAGUCAGCAGGAGCAGAAUUUCGUCAACUCCCUGAUCAGGAAUUUUGAUCCUGCUGUAAGAUUCACCUGGAUCGGACUCAAUGACAUCUAUAAAGAAGGCAGAUGGAUGUGGUCUGAUGCGUCUCAAGCCAACUUUUUCUUUUGGCAAACAGGACAACCAGACAACUCUCGAGGAUGGGAACACUGUGGACACACCAACUGGGGCUCGACUUUAAGAUGGAAUGACGGUGCUUGUUCAUCGCAAUUGCCUUUUGUUUGUGCACUCCGCACAGUUUGUCUCUAG